GAGGGGGAGGUGAAAAAGGGUGAGAAGAUGGAGGUCGGAGAGGCAAAGACGGAGACGGAGAGGCUUGUGAGGAGGUCUAGUGAGGUGGCUUGCCAUGGGGAUCUGUAUGGGGAGGCAUCGGUAUCUCAACUCUCCUCACCAUCAUCAUCAUCGUCGUCGUCAUCAUCCUCAUCAGGAUCAGAGUCAGGUGCAGCAGCCACGCCUACAGCAGCCGUUUUUCGCCCUGCAAGGAGGGCAGCGGAGGACGAAGCAGAGGCGAGGCAGCGCGGAGCGUGCAUUGGUAGUGAACGAGCUACUGGGGGACGGGGGGCGGCCGAUGGUGGGGCCCUGUGGGGCUAUGGCGGCGCUGUGGGGUCGUUCCGAGGCGCUCUUGUGCCUUCGCUGGCAGGCAGUGGAUCCUCGUUUGGUGGUGGAGAAGCUGGUAGCGGGUUUGCUGAGGCGGCGUCUGGCGCUUCGCUGCGCUCAGGGGAGGGCAAUGGGGAGCCUGGGGGGCUGCAGCUGAAUCAGCAGCACAAGUGGCAGCAGCAUCAGGAGCAGCAGCAGCAGGAGCAGAACCUGCAGCAGCGCCAGGGAGCUAAACCUCCACCGUUGAAACUAGCGGAGGGCGGGGGCGUGCAGGGGAGCGUGCUGGGGCGGCCGUACGUGGCGCUGCAGAGCCGGUUCGUGGUGGGGCGGAGGGAGAUCGGGCGCGGGCAGUUCGGAGUCAUCUACAAGUGCGUGGGGCGCGGGGCAGCUGGAGCGGCGUAUGCAUGCAAAACGAUAAAAAAGAGGAACAUUCAGAGCAUACCAGCAGCAGAGGACAUCCGCAGGGAGGUUGAGACAAUGGAGUGCGUGAGAGGCCACCCGGGCAUAGUGGAUAUGAAUGCCGCCUUUGAGGACCCCGGCGCCAUCCACAUAGUCAUGCAGCUGUGCCGCCAUGGCGACCUUUUCGACUACAUCAAGACCCGCACCCGGCUGUCGGAAGCCACUGCUGCUUGCAUUCUGAGCCAGCUGCUGCAGGCGCUGCAGCACUGCCACACAAUGGGGGUGAUUCACCGGGAUGUGAAGCCAGAGAAUGUGCUUAUAUACGGCAAGGGAGGGGGAGGGGCAGGGGAAGGGAGAGGAGAUGCAGAGAAGCUUCUUGUGAAGCUUGGUGACUUUGGCGUGGCAACUCGUUUCUCCCAAGGCUUGCCCUGCACUGAUGCAGUGGGCACAGCAAUGUACAUGGCGCCUGAGCUGCUGCGCGGCUGCUACGGCCCGCCAGCAGACAUAUGGAGCGCAGGUGUGGUGCUCUAUGUGAUGCUCUCUGGCGCUCUGCCUUUCUUCGCCUGCAAGAGCCGCUCGCUGUGCGACGCUAUUCUGCACGGGCCAGUUCGCAUGGAAGGGCCGAGGUGGGAUGGCGUGUCGGAGGCUGCUAAAGCGGUGGUGAGGAGGAUGCUGGAGAAGGAUCCGGCGCAGCGGGCCACAAUAGAGCAGGUUCAUGAGACUCCAUGGAUGAAGACACACAGCAUAUGAAGACCUGGUUUUUCCCUAAGCACAUAUGACACCAUUCCAUUUGUUCUUUUACAUAUAUUUUGGUCUGGAAUGUUAUGUCCUUUCCAUGGUUGUAGCUCGAUAUCAAAAUCAACCAGAUUCAACUUG